AUGAAGGUUUCCACACCAGAAAUUGCUUGGCAUGGUAAAGAGCCCAUCUUUAGUAUCGAUUUUAGUCAAGCUAGCAAUUCUUUAUGGCGUUUAGCAUCGGCUGGAGGGGAUGCAGAUAUUAAGAUAUGGAAAGUAGAUCAAGACGAAGAUGGCAACAUUACUACAGAAUUUCUUUCUAACUUAUCUCGCCAUACUAAAACUGUCAACGUCGUCAGAUUUUCAACAACGGAUUUCUUGGCUUCUGGAAGUGACGAUGGAACGAUUAUAAUUUGGAAAUUAGCCGAAAAUUAUGGUAGUGAUAAAUGUUAUCUUGAAUCGGAGGAUUUAGAAGUACGCGAAAGCUGGACAGUCAGUAAAAUCUUAAGAGGACACUUGGAAGACGUUUAUGAUAUUGCAUGGUCACGCGAUGCAACUAGGCUAAUUUCUGGAUCAGUAGACAAUUCAGCCAUUGUAUGGGAUGUUGAUAAAUGCCAAAAAUUAAACAUUUUAAAAGAACACACACAUUAUGUCCAGGGAGUAUCUUGGGACCCUCUAAAUCAGUAUUUUAUGACUUUAUCCAGCGAUCGUAGCUGUCGUGUAUAUUCAAUGGAGAAACAACGAUCUUUGUAUAAUAUCAGCAAAUUGCCUUCAUCUCGUCCAUUAAAAGAUGGAGAGACAAAACGCAAGUAUUACAGAAUAUUCCAUGAGGAAACACUACAAACGUUCUUUAGACGGCCUAACUUUUCUCCUGAUGGAAAGCUUAUGGUAGUUCCAGCUGGCCAGAUUGAAGACAAAGACGAUAUGAAAAAUACAACAUUUAUAUUUACUAGGAAUUCUAUGUCAAAACCCGUAGUGUGCUUAUUAUCAGGUCAAAAAGCCUCUAUCGCCGUUAGAUGUUGCCCUGUAUUAUUUGAAAAGCGAGACAUGAAGGAAGCCUCAAGUGGUAAUACUUUCAAUUUGCCAUACCGGAUGAUUAUCGCCGUCGCUACCUUAGAUUCUGUCAUUUUAUACGAUACUCAACAGAAAUUGCCAUUUGCAUAUAUAUCGUGUAUCCACUACGCAGCCUUAACUGAUAUUGCUUGGUCACAUGAUGCAAAAUUCUUGGUUGUUUCAUCAGCAGAUGGAUAUUGUUCACUUAUUGCCUUUGCCGAUGACGAAUUAGGUGUUAAACGUCAACUUGAAUUAUGCGAUAAUCCUCAGGUUUGUAUUUAUAUUGAAAGCCUUCUGAGCUAG